AUGUCUUUCCUUCAUAAUCAUUCUUGCGAGUGCGUUAAGUCAGAAUUGGAUUUGUUUGCACUACCGUCUACACAAACUAGCAUUGAAAAUGGAUUGUGGAUUCAUUAUAAACCAAUUUCAUCUCUUGGUGAUGAUGGACCUAUCGAGUUUCAAGUUCCUGGGACCGGCGAUGACUACAUAGAUUUGUCUCAUACAUUACUCCACAUAAAGGCAAAAGUAUUAAAUCAAGAUUCAACUAACUUGGUAUCUACUACAAUAGUAGCACCUGUAAAUAAUUGGCUGCAUUCACUUUUUAGUCAACUUGAUGUUUAUUUAAACCAAAAACUUGUAUCACCACCUAAUAAUACCUAUGCAUAUCGAGCAUACAUGGAAACCCUUUUAAACUAUGCCCCUGCUGCUAAACAAUCUCAUCUUACUUGUAGUCUUUGGUAUGAGGAUACAGCAGGAAAAAUGGAUUCUACAGAUGGUAAAAACAUAGGAUUUGUUAAAAGACAGGAAUUGAUUAGUGAAAGUAAGGAAAUAGAAAUGAUUGGUCAUCUUCACGGUGACAUUUUUAACCAAGAUAAAUUUUUAAUUAAUGGUGUUGAAAUGAGUGUUAAAUUGGUUCGAUCAAGAGAGAGUUUUAAUUUAAUUGUUGGAUCAAACGAUGUAAAGUUUAAAUAUGGCAAAGGUUACUGUCUAUUAGCAUUUGACUUAACUCCUGAUUUAUCAGCUAACUCAUCAACUCAUUGGAAUCUCAUAAAGCAUGGUAGUGUAAGAAUAGAAGUACGAUUUGAAUCCUCAUUAAUACAAACAAUUAACUGUAUAGUUUAUGCUGAGUUUGAUAAUAUUAUUGAGAUAGAUAAAAACAGAAAUGUUACUGUAGACUAUAGUAGUUAA